AUGCUUGUCAAAGGGAACACCCCUCGGGGGUAUCUCAAUUUGCUUCUGUCAAUACUUCUUCUGGCCACCGUACCCUUCAUGUUCUGGAAAGCCCUCUGUGUCCUCACCGGCUCAUCCUAUCCCAUCAUUGUCGUCAUCUCUCAAUCUAUGGCCCCAGCAUUCAAUCGGGGAGACCUUCUUUUCUUAUGGAAUCGACAUCCGUGGAUUCGCGCUGGCGAGAUUCCAGUCUGCUGGUUUCCAGGAAGACCACUGCCCAUGGUCCAUCGAGCGAUCAAAUCUGUGCGACUUGAUCAAAUAACACAAUUGGUCCUGACAAAAGGGGACAAUAAUGAGGUUGAUGAUGUAUCGCUUUAUCCCCCGGGCCAAUUAUUAGUAGGUCGUGAGGAGAUUGUUGGCUUGGUCAAGGGAUACUUGCCAUAUGUAGGGUGGCUUUCAAUAGGAUUGCAGGAAAAUCCGGUGUUCACAGGAAUUGUAGCUAGUGGUUUGGUGUUUCUUGCGACUUACUAG